UUGAUAUUGGAGAAAAACUCUUGGGCUGAAAUUGCGCAAAAGAAAUGAACAAGCAAUGUUAAAUGACCAUUUUAUAAAAUGAUAAUUAACGCAUCUUUGCUGAGAAUUGAAAGUGAAAUGGGAUAGAUAACACGUAUCAGAGAGAGGAAAAAAUUCAAAAUAAUUCCAUUUUAAAUCGAUUUCUUAAAAAGAAAAUGUGAGGAAUUAAAACCAAAGUGUAGAAGAUUUAAGUUGAUUAUAAGAUGGCGUAUUGCGGUACGGCAACAACGUGGUCAAAGGUCGGUCUAGUGGUUCAGUUUAUCGGACUAGCCUUGUUUUUGUCGGGAUUCGGUACAAUAGGAUGGAUGGCUACCAUAACUAUCCAGAACAACCAGGAUAUUAUCGUCGGUCUCUUCAGGAUGAUAGAUUGUUCAACAGGUAGCUGUACCACACAGGAUCUCUCAUCUGCUUACGAAAACAGUGGGCGAGAUGGAACCCUUGCCCUUAUGAUUAUCGUUUUGAUAGUAGCAGUAAUAGCCACAGUCCUGUACAGUAUUUAUGUUGCGGCUGAGGGGGCCCGAUACAGGACAAUGAUUAUUACCAUCAUGUGCUUCACUUUUUUUGCAGCCCUUUUCAUUCUGAUAGGUGUGAUAAUUUAUGCCACCUCAUUACCUACUGAUUUCUAUGCUUCCUACUCCCUUGGACUCGUUACAAUAGCAUCAUUCCUAUUUAUUUGUGCUGGUUGUAUGUUAAUACCUGAUAUUAAAAACAAAGUGUAUAGACGUCGUAGUCACAGACGUGUGGUCAGAACUCCUUCUACCCCAAGUUUACCGGAAAUAGAAUCCCCUCCACCACGCUACACCUCUAGGGCCGAAACCCCCGUAUACUACACACCCCGCCGUCCUAAGGGCGUCUGGAUAUAUAAAGAAUAUGAUGACCAUUCUGCGCCCACACGUGUACACCGGUCCACACCAAGGGAACCACGGGAAAUAAAACGCUCAUACUCUCCUCCAAGGGAGGUAGUCCGUGUUCAUCAUGUUCGGGUGCCCUCGGUUUCUCAAGCUUCGUAUGCGACACCCAGACGUUAUGGUACUCCUCCGUCUGUUCAACGUUAUGAUUACAAAGCCAGAUAGAGCAGCGAUAAACAUUUGUUGAAAUUUGACCUUGUGGUUCUGGAGGAGAGGAAGGAAUUAGAAAACGUUCACGACGACAACGCUAACAACGAUAGACAACGGACUUUAGAUCUGAAAAGCUCAUCUAAGCCUUUGGAUUGUGAAAACUAGGACCAAUCAUUACAUUUCAACCAACGAAACCUGGAAACCAUUCCAUUUCAUAUUUAAGGAUGUCCAUAUUAAUGUCAAGAACAAUAUAUCCUAAACUAUCAUUUACUUUAUCAAGUCUCAAAAGGAAACUUAAAAUUAAAUGCUUUCUUGCAACAAUUUACAUUUCAUGCUUCGUAAGAUGAUAGCAGAUACAUUGGAAUCUGAAUCGGUUUUGUAAAUACAACAAAAAUUAUCAGAAUUCAAAUUGUAUAUACAUCGCUUUAAAUACCAUGCUCAUUAGCAAGAAAUUAAAUUGGAACCGAUCUGUGAUAAUUUGCAAUGAUACCAAAUACUAUUUACACGACGGAUUGAAAAUACUUAAGUACCACUCAUGUAUACAAAAGAGGUCAUUUUCAAAUUACUUAUAUCUCCCGAAAUUCAUCACUUUUCAAUUACAAAUUGCAUGAUUAAUGUAAUUUAUGCGAUUAUUUACAUUUCCC